AUGUCCGCCCACGACCAGCUCCAACAGCCCGCCCCGCCCCCGGAGAACCGCGACGACGAGCAUCCAAGCCCCGAGGCCAAUCGCCGCGACUCGGAUGCCGGCGUCGAUCUGAAGGCGGCGCAGAUCCGCAGCGCAUGCAGGGACGCCGACCUCGACACCUUGACCCGCCUCGCAACCACCGCCCGCGGCCUGCUCACCGACCGCCUGCGCCGCGACGCCUGGCCGUUGCUGCUGGGCGCCCGCGACAGCCUCCCGGACAGCGACGGCGACUGCGACUGCGCCAGCCCCAGCGACAGCCCCAGCGACAGCCCUGCCGCCCCGCCCUGGACCCGGCUGCCGCCGCACCAUGACGAGGACCAGGUCAAGCUGGACGUGAACCGCUCCUUCGUCUACUACCCCAAGGACCAGUCGGAACAACAGAUCGAGGAGCGCAAGGAAGAGCUGUUCGAUGUCAUUGCCCACAUCUUGCGCCGUCACCCCCGCUUGUGCUACUUCCAAGGCUACCAUGACAUCGUCCAGGUCUUCCUGCUGGUGCUCGGCUCCGACCGAGCCGUGCCUGCUGUGACCCGUCUGUCGCUGCUGCGCAUCCGCGAUUUCAUGCUGCCCUCGCUCGACGCAGCCCUCGACCAUCUGAAACUGCUCCCUUCGAUCCUGUACAGCGUCGACUCUGCAUUAUACGAGCACCUGCGCCCCGCCGAGCCGUUCUUCGCCCUGGCCGCCACCAUCACAAUGUACGCCCACGACAUACAAGAGUACGGCGACAUUGCGCGCCUCUUUGACUUCUUGCUGGCGCACGAGGCCGUUUACAGCGUCUACCUAUUCGCUGCCAUCAUCCUCACCCGCAAAGACGAGCUCCUCGAGAUCCCGCCCGACGACAUCGACGUCUUGCACGUCACGCUCCAGAAGCUGCCCAAGCCGCUCGACCUGGAAGGCCUGAUCGCCUCGACCGUCGAGCUCUUCGCCAAGAAGCCCCCCGAGUCUCUCCCCUGGGGCGCGUGGCGCGCAAUCUCGCCUUACAGCGUGCUCAGGACAACGCGCGAGCCGCGGGCUCUGACGACGCAGACGCUGGAAGAGGCCGAGCAGCUCCUCGUCAAGCAUGAGGAGCAGAUCAGGCGCGCCAACAUGUACAAGAAGGUGGCGAACGGCAUCAGAUGGGGUCUGUGGCGGUACAGGCGUCCGGCCGGCGGCUUCGUCAUGGCCGUCGCCGUCGGCGUGCUCGCGUGGUGGCUCGGUAGGUCUGACCACGGGGCGACGUAUCUGUCGACUGUUCGCCAGACGCUGUACUUGUUUCUUGGUGGCCAGUAUCGGUAG